UCAAGCUUUAAACACAGUUUUGCAGUUGGCUGGGAAGGCUGGUGGCAUGGCCGAAGCAGCCAGUCUCAUUGAGAAGUACAGAGUGGAUGGAGGCGGCGACUUCUCGAAAGCUGCAGAAAUUCAUCAGAGCAUCCUGAGCUUCAAACCUGAUUGGGAAAGCUACGAGGCGACAAAGGCGCAAGCACACGUCUUGAAAUUGAUCGAGGCUGAUGCACCCGCUAUCAAGAACAAAUCAAUGAUUCAAGGCCACAUUCAGGUCGUGCAAGCGUGCAUGAACAUCAUGGCGAGUCGAGAUGAGAAACCUAUUCAGUGGCUCUUGACAUUGUUCUAUGACAUGCUUCGAGAGGAUAGUAGCAGCUACGCCAUCUUUGAGGAGGCUUCAAAGCAGAAGAUCGAGGUCUACAAGCCUCUGAUGGCCUUGCUUCUCCGGCCUGGUGACAACUACACAGCAGACAAGGUCAGUUGGCUGCUUUCUGCGGUGAUCAGCCAUGUCCCGCACAGUGUCACAAAGGCCCAAGUGGAGGAGUUUCUAUCUUCUGUCUUAGAUUCGUCAAAGACAAGUUGCUCGGAACUUGGACAAUUGGAGGCUAUCACAAAUCUAUUGAAGUCAGAUGCCUUCAGAAAGUUCACUUGGUCUGAGCCAGGGAUUCCAGAGAGAAUCUUCCGGAUACAGCCAAAGUCUGCACCGUCACCACACUUGUACAAGUGCAUCUUCGCAAUCUGGGCUUUGUCCUUCGACCAGGAGAUUACUAGCUCACUCAAGGAGAUGCAUGUUAUCAAGAAGCUUCGAGAGACUCUGACCUACAGCAGAGUCGAGAAGGUGAUUCGCCUCUGCCUCACAGUUCUGAAGAACUUCCUUGGCAACAAAAGCCUGUGUGAGGACAUUGUCGAGGAAGGAAUUUUGGAGGCAGUUCAGCAGCUGGAGUUUGAGAAGUGGAGGGAUGCAGAGCUCUAUGAUGACAUCAAGGAUAUGGCCAUUCAAAUUGGAUCAGAGGUGAGUGAGAUGAGCAACUUUGAGCGCUAUGAACGCGAGUUGCAAACAGGAAAGCUCCAAUGGGGCUUCAUUCAUUCGAGCAAGUUCUGGGCAGAGAAUGUCCUAAAGUUUGAGUCCAAUGACUUCAGAGCUCUGAAGGUGUUGGCGUCGUUGCUCCAAAGUCCUGCAACGGACGACACCACAUUGGCCGUGGCAUGUCAUGACAUUGGCGAGUUUGUGACCCUGCACCCUCUGGGCAAGAAGAAGGUUGCCCAGCUGCAGGUGAAGGAGAAGGUCAUGGAGCUGAUGGCAGCCCCUGAGCAGAAAUCCCGAGAGGUGCGUCGAGAAGCCUUGUUAUGUUGUCAAAAGAUCAUGUUGAACAAGUGGCAGGAUAUGGAGCAGGUUCCAAAAUGAAGUUUCGAACUCUUGAGUUGAGCCGAGCUGGAACCUGGGCGUGGCUUCCAGCAAAGUCUGUAAGUUGACUUCACAGACUGGGCUCAACUUAGAAGGUUAGAAGCUUAGCAGUAGCAGAUCUUAACAGCUUGUUGGACCUUGCUGGGAACUUUUAGCUGAGUUUCUGCGGGAUUCCCCAGCUCAGAUGGAGCUCCUGGGAUGUCUUAGGCUGUAUGUCACGAUGUUUGUCAUUUCUGUUCCAAAACCAACCGAUGACGCUUUGUUUCCCUCGUCAUUCCCACUCCGAAGCUGUGACCAUUAGAGCCGGCUGGAGGAGCGGACAGGGAUAGGG